AUGGCGCUCCGUCUUCUGCUCCGCCUCGCCGUCUCCACUGCCGCCGACGCGCUCACGCCGGACGGCCAGGCGCUGCUGGUGUUCAAGGCGGCCGUCCUGCAAGACCCCACGGGGGCGCUAUCCAACUGGGACGCCACCGCCGCGGACUCCUGCGCCUGGAACGGGGUCGCCUGCUCCUCCCCUGACCCCGGCUCCACCCAGCCCCGCCGCGUCGUCGCGCUCUCCCUCCCUAAGAAGCGCCUCGUUGCCGCGCUCCCUAGGGCCCCGCUCCCGUCCUCGCUCCGCCACCUCAACCUCCGCAGCAACUGUCUCUUCGGGCCCGUCCCACCCGAGCUCGUCGCGGGCGCGCCCGCGCUCCAGAGCCUCGUCCUCUACGGGAACGCGCUCGACGGCCAGCUCCCCGAGGACCUCGGGGACCUGACCUACCUCCAGAUCCUCGACCUCUCCUCCAACGCCAUCAACGGCUCCCUCCCGUCCUCGAUCCUCAAAUGCCGCAGGCUCCGCGCGCUCGCGCUCGCGCGGAACAACCUCACGGGCCCGCUCCCCGCCGGGUUCGGCGCCAAGCUCGCCGCGCUUGAACGGCUUGACCUCUCCUUCAACGGCUUCUCCGGCACCAUCCCGGAGGACAUCGGGAACCUGUCCAGGCUCCAGGGCACGGUCGACCUCUCGCACAACCACUUCUCGGGCCCCAUCCCGGCGAGCCUUGGCAGGCUGCCGGAGAAGGUCUACAUCGAUCUCACCUACAACAACCUCUCCGGUCCCAUCCCGCAGAACGGGGCGCUAGAGAACCGGGGCCCCACGGCGCUCGUCGGCAACCCGGGCCUCUGCGGGCCGCCGCUUAAGAACCCCUGCGCGCUGUCGUCCAACCCUUCCCUGCCCAAUGAGGGAGGGGACUCGUCGGCACCCGAGGCAGCCGGUGGUGGCAAGGGGAAGAACAAGGGGCUGGGGAAGGUUGCCAUUGUGGCCAUCGUGCUCAGUGAUGUUGUGGGGAUUUUGAUCAUUGCACUGGUGUUCUUCUACUGCUACUGGAGGGCGGUUUCAACCAAGGACAGGAGCAAGGGGCACGGUGCGGCUGCUGGUUCUAAAGGGUCCAGGUGUGGCAAGGAUUGUGGAUGUUUCAGCAGGGAUGAGUCCGAGACUCCGUCCGAGCACACGGAGCAGUACGAUCUUGUGGCAUUGGACCAGCAUGUGAGGUUUGAUCUGGAUGAGCUGCUCAAGGCAUCAGCUUUUGUGCUGGGGAAGAGUGGGAUUGGAAUCAUUUAUAAGGUGGUUCUUGAGGACGGGCUCACGAUGGCAGUUAGGCGGCUUGGGGAGGGGGGAUUGCAGAGGUUUAAGGAGUUUCAGACUGAGGUUGAGGCGAUUGGCAAGGUCCGGCAUCCCAACAUUGUUACCUUGAGGGCUUAUUACUGGAGCAUCACCAUUUGUGCAAUCAGACCGAGUUGGUUUAGAAAAGAACAGAGCCAGCAAUCAGAUGCCUCAGUGAGCCCUCUCACGAGCAAAGGGUCAUGCUACCAAGCUCUGGAAGCGCUGAAGACACGGAAGCCCUCGCAGAAAUGGGACGUUUACUCCUAUGGUGUCGUGUUGCUUGAAAUGAUCACUGGCCGAUCACCCUCUGCUCUCUUGGAAACCAUGCAAAUGGUUCUUGUUCAAUGGGUCCAAUUCUGCAUCGAAGACAAGAAACCAUCUGCCGAUGUGCUGGACCCUUUCCUUGCCCAAGAUUCUGAACGGGAAGAUGAGAUGAUCGCAGUGCUGAAAGUCGCCCUUGCAUGCGUUCAGGCGAAUCCUGAGCGGAGGCCAUCGAUGAGGCAUGUUGCGGAGACCUUGGAUCGCCUCAAUGGUUCAAGCUAG